CAAAUUUCUUUGAACAGAAAACAGUAAAAAAGGCGAGUUCUUAAAUUCACGACGAGUUCAUCGGGUGAUCCCAAUGAAUUCAUCUAUUGGUCUAUUCGAAACGUUAGCGCGUUUCUGUUAGUUGAAGAAAUCCAUCAAAAAUUUUCUGAACACGUCUAAACACUGAAAGAAUACCGCAAAUGGACGGCUUCCCCUGUCAUGGCUUCUUCGUCAGUGUGACAGUUGAGAGGAGAAAGUAUUAAUUAUCGUAAUUAUUGUGGAAUAAUUAAUAUUAUGAAACUUUGAACAAUUCAAAACUAAAGUUUAUCUGUUUAACCUAUAAAAACAAAAUAAUUGCUAAUAGUCGUGAAAUGAGAUAUAAGUGCUGCUAAAAAUGUUUAGAUUUUUAAGUGGAAGAAAACCCAGAAAUACCUCGUCGAAUGGUGCAGGUGAUAGAAAAUCGAAUAAAAAUGUGAUAAAUAAAAAUUUAAUCCAAUGUAGGGUCAUAUUAUUGGAUGGAACGGAUUUAUCAGUGGAACUGUCUAAAAAAGCAAAAGCCAGGGAUCUAUAUGAGCAAGUUUUUUAUUCCUUGGACCUGAUAGAAAAAGACUACUUUGGACUGCAAUUCACUGAUGCUAAUCAUGUCAAGCACUGGUUGGAUCCUACCAAAUCUAUCAAAAAACAAAUCAAAAUUGGCCCACCAUAUACUCUUAGGCUCAAAGUGAAAUUCUACUCAUCAGAACCUAACAAUCUAAGAGAGGAAUUAACCAGAUACCAAUUUUUCUUGCAACUGAAGCAAGACCUUCUUGAAGGAAGAUUGGAAUGUCCCUACGAAAUAGCGGUAAAACUAUCUGCUUUGGCUCUACAAUCUGAACUUGGAGAUUAUGAUGACACUCAGCAUUCCCCAGCUACCGUUUCAGAAUUCAGGUUUGUUCCUAAUCAAACGGAGGAAAUGGAAAUAGAGAUUCUGGAAGAGUUCAAAAAAUGUAAAGGUCUCACACCUGCUCAUGCCGAGCAGAGUUUUUUGAAUGAAGUCAAAUGGUUAGAAAUGUACGGGGUUGACAUGCAUACAGUACUGGGCAAAGACAGCAUGGAGUAUAGGUUAGGUUUAACACCAACAGGUAUUCUAGUUUUUGAGGAGCCUAAUCAGAAGAUAGGCUUAUUUUUCUGGCCAAAGAUUGGCAAACUCAAUUUUAAGAAGAAAAAAUUAACUUUAGUAGUAGUGGAGGAUGAUGACCAGGGCCGAGAACAAGAACACACCUUUGUUUUCAGCCCAGUGUUAUCAGUCAGUAGUAAAAACGGAACACUACCUCGUAGCAAACCAGUUAGUCCAACUACAGUCCUCCCACCAACUAGCCCAACACCAUCGAACACUGAUAGCCAGUUGGACUUUUUAUUCAAAAGUUUGGCCAAAGAAUCUCUCACAGGUAUCGCAAGGGAUGAUAAGAGGAAUGAAAAUACGGAGUCAGAGACAGAGGCUGAUUGCGGUUCAAAAUCUCUAACAUCUGAAAUACCAAACAAUAUCAGUAGAAUUAGUGGCGGAGCAAAACCACUGCCCCCUGGACAAAUAAAAUGUAAUAUUUUGAAAGCGAAAGCUGAGGAGGAAUUGCAAAACUCGAAACUCACAAAUCAAAUGUUUGUUCAAGCCAAGGAAGAGGAAACAUCUCUGAAUGCAGCUACUUUCAUAUCUGUGGGCGGGGAUAAGUUAACACUCUCCGUGAGUGGUCCACCGAGUUUGCCUCCUAUUAUAACAAACUCAAUACUAAAAUCUCCGAAAAUUCUUGAAAAAGAACUGACCGAAGAGAAUAAAAAUAAGGUGGAAGAGAAAGAUCCAAAACGAUGUCCUACUCCAGUUACUGUCACAUUUUUUGGACAUAACGAUGGGAAGUUAGAAAUCUGCCAAGUUGAAGAUGAAAAAGUUAACUUCAAUCCUUUUGCUAAUUAUUUGAACGAUUCAAAUGCCAAUCCUUUUCGUUCCAUAAAUCCAUUCCAUCCCAAUAAUCCAUUUUGUAGCAACGAAAAUGAGGUGAAAGAGGAACAGGUUGAAGUUGAAAUAAAUGAUGCAGUUGAUCAGAAUAAAAAUGAAGAACUUGACUCAAAAUUGACAACUCCUCUCAGUCCAACUCUCAGCAAAGUAUCACCUUGGUUGGUUUCAUCAGAGGUAGUAUCUUCGCCAGUUUCGAAGGUGAACACAACAGAAACAGCAAUAAUUAGAAAGUCUGUGAUUACAACACAGCUCUGAAAAUAUGUAAAUAUUAAUACAUUUAUGUAUUUUCAGGCAUACUUAUUGCACCUAUUCCCUUGAAGGAAAAUCCAACAAACUUAAGUCUGUAUUGUUCCUACUUUUUUAACAGGUGGUAAAAAUUUAAUUGAUGUCAAAAAAUCUAAUUAGAGAGGUACAACUAUCUUUUCGAAAUAUUGAGGUACUAUACUAUAAUUUGACCACCAAUAAAAAAAAGUAAACAUUGACCAAAAUUUUUGAAAUUGACAGUAUUAUUUCAGAAUUAUAUUGAAAAUGGUCUCUGUUUUUUGAAUUGUUCUGAGAUUUGCCUUCAUUUCCCACUGCCAUAGAGGAAAAGUUGAAUAUAUCGAUCAAUAUCCUAAAAUCGAACCACAUGUUAUAAUAUGAAGAGUAAAUGGGAACAAUAUUUCAUACUUUUGAUCUUUUCAUUAGGUGUUGAAAGUAUAUAUUAUGUUAAAACUUUGUGACAUUUUCACAAAAACAAUUUUUUAAUUAAGUUUAGAGGGCUUCGGCAAAUAUAAACACCCUGUGUCAGUGCAGGCUUUGUCUUUAGAUACAGCCUUUGAUAAAGACACUAUCUUUAUUAUUAUUCAUUGUGUCCAAUUUUGAAUGGCCAUGUUUUCAACAUCUCAGUUGUAAAGAUCAUAUUGUAAUUGAAAAAAUUCAUGGUUUUGAGUGGAUUAGAUUUUGUUAAUAUUCAUGUUCAUUUCUGUAUAUUGUCUUUUCAAGGCAUUAAAAAAUUCCUGCUGCUUGUGCAGUAAAUCGAAAAUACGAUUGAAUUUUUUGCUGCCUAUAAAACAGGUGAAAACAGUAAAUUUCAAUAAUGUGUAAAUUUUUAUUAAUGAAAGAAAUACUGAAGGUUUGGUUGAAGAACUAAAGGAAAAGUAUCUGAAGGAAUUAAAAUAUGAUAUUCAGAAAAUGUUUUCUACAUUUUCAAUGUCGCUGUCAUGCCAUGCCAGGAGACGUGUCUUAACGAGUUUUCAUGUGACAUACCUGUUCAUAAAAGAGCUCAUCGAUAAGUAGACUUGUUUUGAAUCAUUGAUAAGUAUUGAAAACUCAGGUGAACAACUUAUUUAAAGGUAUGUUCAGUUACAGGAAACAACUGACCUAACCUUUCUGAUGAACAUUUUAAAAAAACAAAUAUUCAAAAUAUAAACAAGGAAUAGUGCAUUUUUUAUGAUAUUUGUUUGGGAUCAAAAAUAGCAACAAAUGGCCUUUUUCAUCACAAAUUUAUUUUUGUGGACAAGCAUCAGCAUCAAUCAAACGUGCAAAAGCGGUUUUCCUUGUUCUAAUAUACCCUAACACUUUGUAUGUACUAUACCUCCGUUUCUGUAGUAUAGCUGAACUUCAAGGUUUUGUAAUCCCAGAGACAAAUGAAAUAUUAUUGAGGUGCUUCUGAGAAAGUUAACAAAUACUCAUUGGAAGUCAUGUUAUUCUGUAUAUUUUUAUCACUUUCUUUGGUUAAAUAUAUUCAAGAAUAAGUAGCUGAAAUUAUAUCUAUAUAUAUGCGGUACAAAUUUAAAAAUUCAGCAAAUUUAUAUUUGUUGUGGAUGCAAAUGCAAGUGUGUGAAGAUAACCCUAACUUAUAAUUUACAACCUAACCUGCAAGUUGCUUAUAUCUUCUUCUCGGACCAAGACACUGAGGAAUUCACUCAUCUGUGACCGAGACCACGCAAUAUAAUAAUAGAAUAUAAUAAUAAAGCAAAUGAUAAAGAAAAAAAAAUGAUUCAUUGAUAAUUUGUUUCAUUUUGUAUGUGUAUUGAAAGCUAUUGCGGCUUUAAAUGUUUCAAAAAUGCUGGACCAGACGAUCAGAGUUAGAAAAAAUGAAGGUUGGAAUCAAGAACCACCUUUUUUACAGUUCACAAUUAUCUGCUUCCACUCAACUAUGAACGAGUACAGAACCAUGUACAAUAAUUUAUUCCAAUUGUUGAUUUGUUCGUGGAGAUAAUAUUGUUUUCCCAAAAUACUACAAAAUUUUUAAAUUACCACUAUUUCAGUGGCCACCCUGCUUGCGCUUGUCACAUGAUGAAAGGGCCUAUUGUGAGAUUUUAACCAAAUUAUAAGACACUUCAUCUAAAAAGCAAUUGUAUAGUGAAACAUGUGCGGUUUUGUGAAAAUCUCAAAAUUUUAUCAAAUCCAAACAGAUCAACCAAACCUUUUUUCAAUAAAUUUAUAAUGGUAACCAUUAUUGAAAAUUAUUUUACUCCUCCUCCAUGAUUUUUUUUCAAUAUGGUAUAUUUCUGAAGGCCAUAUAUUCAUAAUACUUCAGUCUACAUUUCAAUUUUUUAUCGAUUUGUAAUUAGUAUCUCUAAAGUGAUAUAUACUAGGUUCUUAUGUUAGAUUGCUUUUUAGUUAUUGUUAAGAUUUAUAGUUUUUAUUAAGCUAUUUUGAGAAAUUUUAUACAUUGUGAUAAACACAUUUCUAUUCUUGAUUAUUAGGUGUAUCAUCGGAAAAAUGUUAUAACUUUUUCUUAAUAUCAAAGUUUUAUUCAAAUCAAAGCUUAAUUGAAAACAAUAUUUGAUUUUGUUUUCAUUUCUUUGAGUUCGUCUGAAUCAUUAAGUCAUUCCCAGUUAUUUAUAGUUUUUGAUAAUUUGUUUGGCAAAAUAUGGGUUUACACAAAAGUUAUGUGUUCUACAAUAUUUUCAAGUUAUUAUUGUUUGAUUCCUUAUGGACAUUUUUGUAUCUUCCAAAUAUUUUUCAUAUCUCAAUUUCUCCGAAUAUAUUCAUUUUUGUGUCAUCGGCAGCUGCUGAAUAACUUGGGCACUUAAGUUAUAUGCGAAUAAAAGUAGAAAUAAUCAAUUUUUGUUCUAACUCCUGCAAAAGUGAUAUCCUGUAAGAAAGAUUCAAUGCAACUUGAAGUAGUGUGAUGUAGCAAAUUAGUUUUUAUAUUUUAUUUAUAUUUGUAUUUCAGCUCUUGGAAUUUCAAACUAAAAUACUAACCAAAAUUAUUUAUUUUUAUAUUUUUCAACAUUACGAAAAACAGUAUUCACUCAAUUUCAAAAACACAACUAAUAUCACAAUUUCAAAUUAUUAAUUUUUAUGACAAUUUACACCCAGAACCAAGUGCCAUUAUAUUUCAUAGGUGAGAGACAAUAUGCUUCCAAACAAAUAUGAGACUUUAUACAUGCAUUCUGAACUUUUGUAUCCGUCCUUGUACUCUUGGAAUAAAGUAUUUAUAUAUGUUUUGAAAA